UCCGAAGCGCCGCAACGCACGUACGCGAUCGCUCGAAGCACGCCGAUUGGUCUAGUUCGCAAGCUACGCAGACCGGACCUGAACGUAACACACAUAUUCCGCAGCUCGCCGCCUGGGGCUGAACUUUGUCGCUGCCCGCUUUUACGGCAAGUCCUUCAAAAACCCCAAAAACGAAGAUCUCGACAACCUGGAACGCAAUAAGGACAUGGGUGACAUGCUGAACUCCGCUGAUGGGGCCGCCGGAAGCAAAAUUUUUGUCGGAGGACUGGACAGAAGCGUCGAUGAGGGAGUUGUCCGCAGCUUUUUUCAACAGUUUGGUCCAGUCGUAGAGGUUCUUGUGAUGCGCGACCCACACAAUCACCAGUCCCGAGGCUUUGGUUUCAUUACCUUCCAGCGGGAUGAGUCUGCCAAGCAGGUCCUUCAAAACCGCUAUCAUGAUAUGAUGGGGAAGCGGGUUGAAGUGAAGUCCGCAGUUCCUCGUGGCCAGGCCCCUCCUCCACAGCGCGGUCCCCCUCGCAGCUCACAGGGAUAUGGAUAUGGACAGCCCAGAGGGGGCCCUGGGCAGGGAGGCCCUAGCGCAGGAUAUGGUUACGGUGGAAGCUAUGCCAACGCGCAAGCCUACUCUGGCAACAACAACCCUUGGGGAAUGAACUCUGGUUUCGGUGAUCCAAACAGUUUGUCGAGUGGUCAGAGUUCCCACAGUGCUCCCCAGAAGGCUGCCUUUGCUUACAGUAAAGACUCCAGCCCGACUCAGCGCGAGGACCAGGGGAGUGCAAGCGGCGCCCCUGCUCCUGCUCAUGGCUGGACAGAGCACACUGCGCCCGAAGGCUACGUGUACUACUACAACAGCAAGUCGGGAGUGAGCCAGUGGGAACGCCCCAUGGAACUUGACUACCCAUUGUCAAACUGAGUGCGAAAAUGAAUUAUACGCGCACUGAUGCAAGACAAACCCCUGUGACAUAUCGGUCAGGCUAAAUGAGUGAGGGUUUUGCCUCACCCUAACAGGCAAACUUGACCUAGCAUGUAGUUGUAGGUCUGUGGAGUUUUAGUUUCACACCUAGCUUCCACUGAGGGUGACUUUAGUUAGAAGUAGCGCUUGCAGUUAGACGACCAGGCUCUUUCAGUC